AUUUUAAGCAUUUUUCUUUCUUCUUCUCUUUGCAAGUUCCAAGCCUUUACUGUCUCUUUAACUUCUCGCCACUGUGUCUGUGAUGAACGGACACUUCGACUUUCUCAUCUUCAGCAGAGCGUCGACGUCGUUUUGCUCCGAAUAAAGGCAACACUGAGUGAAUAUAGGGUUACGGAAUUGGAGUUCAUUUUCAAUUGCUGUUGGUGCUUUGUGAAUUGAUUGCUGCUGCUGGCAUUCCCGGUGCGUGCGAUUUUGAGUCAAUUUCUUCGAUAUUAUGGCGUGGCACACACCUCAUCUAUGAUUACUAAGAGUGGAGCAGUGCACUUCAAAGGAAAUUAGAUGAUGCCAUCGACUUUCAAUAUUUUACAAACAUUUGUCAGAGACUUUGCCUAAUGCUAAAAGUGAAUUUACACCCAUAAUCUGCAAAUAGUUCCUUCUCUUUGUGUGUUUUUGGCAAGCUUUUCCCAAGACAUGCCGUCAUGGUGGGGAAAGUCUUCUUCCAAAGAGGUAAAGAAGAAGCCAAGCAGGGAAAGUAUUAUUGAUACAAUACAGCGGAAAUUAAAAAAUGCUUCUGAAGAGAAGUGCAAUAAUAAUUCAGGAAGAUCGAGAUAUCUUGAUGAUGCUAUCUCCAAGAAGGGAUCUAGAUCUCUCACACCUUCAAGAUCACCAUCACCCACUACACAUGUGUCACGCUGUCAAAGUUUUGCAGAAAGGCCUAGUUCUCAGCCACUCCCAUUACCAAGGUCACACCUUCCUGCUGUUGUUGAUGCAACUUCUGGACUUAUUUUAUCAUCAAAACUGGAAAGAGCCAUAGGUUCUAAGCCAUCUCUACAUUUUCCCCUUCCAAAACCUGGUUUUGUAUCUAACAAGGAAGAGCCUACAUAUGCGGAAGGAGAUAUAGGCACUGCAUCUGUUUCUAGUGACAGCUCAGUUGAUAGUGGCAACUCAUUUGAUUCGCCGCAUAUUGUUAGUCCUCUGGCAUUUGACUAUGAAAAUGGAAAAAAAGCCAACAUUAACAGUUAUUUCAGUGUGGUGCACAAGAAUCAACCAGUUACUACUAUCCAAAGUAACUCAGGAACAUCUUCGAGACCAGCUCCUCAAUUAUGCAAUAAUAAGCCUUUAUCUACCUCACCAAAAGGAGGCCCUUUACAUCUGCAAAAUCUGCAAAUAGCUCACCCAGGUGGUUUGUGCAGUGCUCCAGAUAGUUCAAUGUCAAGUCCUUCUAGAAGCCCAAUGGGAGCAUUUGGCCCUGAAAAAAUGUUGAAAUCUGGAUUACGGACAGGAAGGCCUUAUUCAGAUAUAGCUUCUAGUCUGGUUUCAGGCCAUAAUUCUGGUCAUAUUUCAGUUGGUGGGGAUCUGUCAGGACAGAUGUUUUGGCCACAGAACAGGUGUAGCCCCGAGUGUUCUCCAAUACCAAGUCCCAGAAUGACAAGCCCUGGUCCUAGUUCCAGGAUACAAAGUGGUAGUGUGACCCCUCUGCAUCCACAAGCUGGAGGUACUGCAGCAGAAGCUCGCCCAGGUGGUUUGUGCAGUGCUGCAGAUAGUUCAAUGUCAAGUCCUUCUAGAAGCCCGAUGGGAGCAUUUGGUACAGAGAAAAUGUUGAAAUCUGGGUUACGGACAGGAAAGCCUUAUUCAGAUAUAGCUUCUGGGCACUGCUCUAGUCUGGUUUCAGGCCAUAAUUUUGGUCAUAUUUCAGUUGGUGGGGAUCUGUCAGGACAGAUGUUUUGGCCACAGAACAGGUGUAGCCCCGAGUGUUCUCCAAUACCAAGUCCCAGAAUGACAAGCCCUGGUCCUAGUUCCAGGAUACAAAGUGGUAGUGUGACCCCUCUGCAUCCACAAGCUGGAGGUACUGCAGCAGAAGCUCGCCCAGGUGGUUUGUGCAGUGCUCCAGAUAGUUCAAUGUCAAGUCCUUCUAGAAGCCCGAUGGGAGCAUUUGGUACAGAGAAAAUGUUGAAAUCUGGAUUACGGACAGGAAAGCCUUAUUCAGAUAUAGCUUCCGGGCACUGCUCUACUCUGGUUUCAGGCCAUAAUUCUGGUAAUAUUUCAGUUGGUGGUGAUCUGUCAGGACAGAUGUUUUGGCCACAGAACAGGUGUAGCCCCGAGUGUUCUCCAAUACCAAGUCCCAGAAUGACAAGCCCUGGUCCUAGUUCCAGGAUACAAAGUGGUAGUGUGACCCCUCUGCAUCCACAAGCUGGUGGUACUGCAGCAGAAGCACCUACAAGACGUCCUGACGAUAUGAAACAACAAACUCAUCAGUUACCAAUUCGUCCAAUAACAGUCACUAAUCCUUAUCCGUUUUCUCCAACCUAUUCAGCAUCCACAACUCCUUCAGCCCCUCAUAGUCCUUCCGGAGCAGAAAAUCCAACAGGCCCGGGUCCACGCUGGAAAAAGGGGCAGUUGCUUGGGAGGGGGACGUUUGGACAUGUAUAUCUUGGUUUCAACAGAGAAAGUGGUGAGAUGUGUGCAAUGAAGGAGGUAACCCUUUUUCAAGAUGAUGCUAAAUCAAGGGAAAGUGCACAGCAACUUGGCCAAGAAAUUGCUCUUCUCAGUGGGUUGCGGCAUCCAAAUAUUGUUCAGUAUUAUGGAUCUGAGACGGUAGAUGACAAACUUUAUGUGUACUUGGAGUAUGUCUCUGGUGGGUCAAUCUAUAAACUGGUUCGUGAAUAUGGCCAGUUAGGUGAAAUUGCUAUUCGUAAUUAUACUCGGCAAAUUCUGUUAGGACUUGCAUAUUUGCACGCUAAGAACACUGUUCACAGAGACAUUAAAGGAGCAAAUAUAUUGGUGGACCCUAGUGGGCGGAUAAAAUUGGCAGAUUUUGGGAUGGCAAAACAUAUAAGCGGGCCAUCUUGUCCAUUUUCUUUCAAGGGAAGCCCUUACUGGAUGGCACCCGAGGUUAUAAAAAAUUCAAAUGGUUGUAAUCUUGCGGUUGAUAUAUGGAGUCUGGGAUGCACUGUUUUGGAGAUGGCGACAACAAAACCUCCUUGGAGCCAGUAUGAAGGGGUUGCUGCUAUGUUUAAAAUUGGAAACAGCAAGGAACUUCCUACAAUUCCAGAUCAUCUAUCAGAAGAUGGAAAAGAUUUUGUUAUGCUUUGUUUGCAAAGGGAUCCUGAAAAUCGUCCCUCAGCUGCUCAACUUCUAGAGCAUCCAUUUGUUAAAAAUGCAAUGCUAGAAAGAUCCAUUUUAACUGCCCUUCCUGCAGAAGCUCCACCUGCUAUAAUAAAUGCUGUGAAAUCCCUGGUAUGUCAUUCAUACAAUCAUCCUUUGCGCAGCUGCAUUAUUUUUCUGAGGUUGUGCAUAUCUAUGUUGUUUGAGUUCUCGCUAUUCAUCGCUUUGAAUUUCUUUCAGGGCAUUGGACCUGCAAAACAUAAUUUAUGCUUAGACUCAGAAGCGGCUGGGAUCUAUCCACUUAGAAGCUUGAGAACUGGUUUUGGAUCAAGUGAUGUGCAUCCGUCAAGGAACAUCUCUUGUCCAGUUUCUCCCACUGGGAGCCUACUUUAUAAAUCGUCGCAUACAAGUGGAUGGAUGUCUCCUUCUCCAAUAUCUAGCCCUCAUACUGUGUCUGGCUCAUCUUCGCCACUAACCAGUGGUGGUGGUGCUAUUCCAUUUCAUCAGACAAAGCAACCAAUAUUCUCCCAUGAUGUUAUGGGUAUGAUUCAAAAGUCCCGGAAUGAUUUUUAUUCAAACGGAAACACUGCUCAUCCGGAGUAUAAGCAUGAGCAGUUUGGGAGGAACUUCCAAACUACACAUGCUUGCCGUGAUGUAGUUUCUUCUGAUAAUGAUGCUCUUCCAAACCAUUCUAUGAGGUUUGUCCAGGGAGAUCCAAUAGAAAUUCGUGAUGGGAAGUCAUACUUGGCUGAUUGUGUAUCACAACAGCUGUUGAGGGAUUAUGUACGGCUAAAUGCAUGCCUGGGUAUUAUGGAGGAAGCCCCAAAGCGUGAUCGCUUUAAUGGCUUAUGAUCCCGUGUCAGGGAUCCGAGGGUAAUACUACCUAGGCAUUAAAGUUUUGAAGGUUAGCAUAUCCGGAAAGUGUAAUUUGGUACUAAUGUUAGUUUUGUUGCGUAGUCUCAGAUGAUGUUCUGAAACCUGCGUUUUCUUUGGAGACGCAACAUUUAGUCUCAGCCUUGCGUAAAACUUUUUUUUAGCACUGCAAGGAAAUGUGCAUUACAAACCCUUUUUAUCAUCAUCCUAACUGAAUGGUGCUGGUGCCAUAGCGUAUAGAAAGUUAGAAACAAAUGUCUAUUGUAAAUAUAGGAGAAACUCAAUUAUAGUUUAUUUAAGCAAGAGUUUCCUCCUAUAACUGUCGCCUUUUUGGGGGGGUUGUUCAGCUUAA